GUGGACCAGAGAGGUAGGCGGGUCUUUCCAAUAGGACGUUACUCCCCUCCACCUCAUCAUCUAUGGAUAUAUUUCGGAAAUAUUUAGGUGCUACAGUGGAGUCAGAUGAGGUCAAUGGGGCUGAUAUAGUUGAUAGGCUAGUCGAUCGUUAUCAGUCGUCAACUCGAAUUGAGGAUAGGAGGGAUGCACUUCGUACACUGAAGGCUCUUUCGAAGGUAAAAAUCUGCAUAAGAACAUUGUAUAUCUCAGUGUUCAGAAGUACAGGCUAGAAGUGGGUACACAGGCCAUGAACAUAUUUUCAUCUGUUUUGAAGAAUGAUUGGUUUGUUGUGAAAAGUUGACCUACGCAUAACUAUAUAUUUAUGUUUUAGGGAAGAUUCUGAUUCUGUUUGUUAUGCUUUAGAGGGCCUUUAUUCCGUCAUGAAUGAUGGAGAAAAUGAUCAAGUUGAACCUCAUGAACUAGUAAACAUACCUGCGGAUCUUGGUGUGCAGUUUACAGAAAUGUACAUGAAAAACACCGAAAAUUACGACAUACUACUGUCUCUAUUAGAUGCUCCUGAAAGCUUUAUUCGCAGAAACGCUAUGCGACUUCUUACGGUACUAUCUAUCAAUCGUUUGAGGGAUACACAAACAGCAAUCUUGCAGUGUCGUACUGGUGUUUCAAAACUUGUAGAUAUUCUUUCAGAUACACAUGAAGUUUUGCGGAAUGAUGUUAUUCUUCUUUUAACCGAACUUACGAAAUCAAACACGAAUAUUCAAAAAAUCGUAGUCUUCGAGAAUGCUUUUGAUCGACUCCUGAAAAUUAUUUAUUCUGAGGGUUUAUGUGAUGGAGGUGUAGUGGUCGAAGAUUGUCUCCGAUUGUUGCUUCAGUUGUUAGAUGGUAAUCCAUCUAAUCAGGUCUUUUUUCGAGAAGGGAAUUUCAUUCAACGUCUUUCGCCUCUGUUUGACUUAUAUUCAAGUGAAAACAUACAAACACAAUGUUGGUCUACUCAAAAAAUUGUUAACGCGGAAGUUGCUAUGCAAGUUGUGCAAACCUUAGUUUCACCUUGUAACAAGACUCAAUUAACACGAACCUGCCAGAGUGUGAUGUAUGAUUGUGGUCUUCUUGGAAAGUUGUGCAAUGUUGUCAUGGUCAAUGGUGUUCCAGUGGAUGUUUUGACUAAGGCAAUUUAUGCUUUAGCCGACUCAAUACGCGGAUACCCUCAAAGUCAGGAGUUCCUGGCGAAAUUGGUUGCACCUGCAGAUCCACCUCAAUCUGCUGUUAAUGUACUGCUCAUAUCUAUGGUGAACAGACAUCAAUCCGUAUUGGUGCGUGUGGCUGUAUUGUACUGCUUCCAGUGUUAUCUUUCUUCUAAUCAUCAGGCUCAGAAGGGCAUUGUUAUGACCUUACUACCUAAACCUGGCGAUGUUGUACAAAAUGUUGUUAGUGCUGGUCAAUUACUGUGUGGUGGAUUAUUUGCCAAUGAUUCAUCAACUUGGUUCUCCGCUAUAGCACUUCUUCAUUGUAUCCAUGACAAUGUUCAACUCAAAGAGGAACUAUUACGCGUACAUUUAACUCCUAGUGAAGGAGCCGCUCCUGUAACUCUUUUUCAUCAAUGCUUCAUUUGGCAACAACAGAGUAAUCGUUUUCAAACACGAAUCGGCUUAUUACAGUUGUUGUGUACUUGGUUAACGAACUGUUCUCAAGCAGUACACUAUUUCUUGAACCCGACUAAUUCAGGAGAUAUGUCAGGCUCUUUAAAUAAUACUACUACAGAAUCGGUGAAUCGUGGGUCAUAUUUAUCAACUCUUAUUGCUGAAGCAUGUGCAGUGGAUAAUGAUGAAAAUGAAGCAUUAGUUCGUGGGCUAACUACGCUUUUAAUAUGUUUAUGCGUAAUAUAUCAUCCAGGGAAUGUACAUGGAUUCGACAAGAAAACAGUAUUUAAUACAUUGGAAAAACGUAUCGGUGUUGAUAUGAUUUUAGAACGUUUAGGUCAAGUGUCUAAAGCUGAGUCGUUUGUCGCAGCCUCAAAAAAGCCUCAGAGUAGUGCUCAAUCUACAGAUGAUUUAAUAUUCGAUUACACGUUUACACGUUUGUUCAAACGAUUAGAAUAUGAAGUAAUCCAUAUGUUCCAAUCAGAUGGUAGUAUGAAUGGAUUAACCACUGGAAUUUCACAUGCUGACAACCAUCGCAGUGGUAAAUCCAUAGAUACGACGACAAUAAGUAAACAACAGUAUGAUGAGAAGCUAAUGCAAAAAGAUGAGGAGAUAGCUAGGUUACGUAAUCACAUUGGUGUAUUAGAAUCUGAGUUAAGUAAAUGUCGUUCAGCAGUGAAUAAUGCUUCAACAGAUAUGCAGCGAAGUAACAUGGUCACUGAAAGUCAAAUGCAAAAACUAACCAUAAAUGACAAUACUAUUCAAAGUUUAGAACAGAAAUGUUCAAUGCUUGAGAAAGAACGUGACAGUAUACGUGCUGAACAAGAAGAUCUUUUAUUACUACUCGCUGAUCAAGAUGCUAAAAUAACACAACUGUGUAAACUUGUCAAAGAUUUAGGUGGUUGUAUACCUGACGAUACUGAACCGGCUGCUAACACAGAAUCAAAACUUCCAGAUCACCAUCAGCAUCAGCAAAUGACUGACGAGAGUACAAAUCAGUCAUUCCGUACAUUUCGUGCUAAUCAAUCUGAUAAGUUAGCUGCGCUAUCCGAGUCGUUGAAUACUUCAUCACAUGGUGUUUACAACUCAUAUAGCACUAAUAAUGCGUCAUCAAAUUCUGGAUCAUUCGCAGCUUAUCAUCCUUUUGACACCUCUUCUGGCUUCAACAACAACAACAACAGGUGAAUAUGAUUAUGAACAAUUUCCUACCAAUAAUUCACAUUCACAAUCAUUACCCUGUUCAGCAAAUUAUUUACCAACCCGGCUAGUUAUUUAUACCUGACUGAAAGUUCUUACACAAUAGGAACAUGUCAAUCAGCAUACUUUACCUAAUUCUCUGAUGGAAGAUGAUGACCUUUCAAAUUUGUUUCAUAUAUAUAUUUUUUCAUAUUAUAAAUUUUGUUUUAAGUAUAUUUUUAGUGGGACAUGGAUAUCUUUUAGGGAAUCUUUCGCAUCACCUGUAUCAUAUAAGUGAUGGUAGUGAAAGGAGGAUUGAAGGCGAAAGUACGAAUAUCAACAAUAUCCAGUGAUGUUGAAUUCUUUCAAAUUUUCUUCUUUUUCUGUUAGUAUGUAAUUUACUGUGAUUUUCAAUUGUUUGUGUAUUUUUGUGCUUCUUUUUUGUUCAAAACAUUUUAUAUUGUAUUCAUAUUAUCUGCCUUUUUUUGAAAAGAAUGACUAA